AUGUGCCUCUACCAGGGCUACUGGGGCCUGUUCUGCAAGCACCCAGACUUCGCCCUCGAGUGUUUCUGCGCAGCAGUGAAAGAGCAACUGGACCGGAUCAACGAUCCCGCCGAACUAGCCAGCAACACCAUCCCCUGCAUGUCGUUUAACGAGUGCCUUCCUCAUAUGGUGAUCGUUUUCACGCCAGACGGGGUAUGCACUGACCCGCCCGUGCUGGGGAACUGGCCCGAAUGGACCGGCACCAAUGUGAUGGGUUGGACGAUCCUCCCGUUUUGCGAUAAAUGUUGGGAGACGAUGCAGAUUCCUGGGAUUGUGGAGGAGGUUAAUGGGGUUAGUGAGUGUAUGGAGAAUGGGUGCUGA